AUAUUGAGAUAGUUUAUUAAAACAUGAUAUCGAAUCGGGCGCUUCUUACGAGUGUGUUUUCUGCAGUAUUUUUACAAAAUGAGAUUCGUUUUAUGUCCGUAAGUGCAGUGCAUGUUAAAGAAGGCACUGAAAAAGCAUCAAGUAUCAUUCGGAAAUCAAUCGGACUCAAGUCACCCAAAAAUCUAUGGUGGGCAAAACAAGUAACCCCCGAGUAUUACGUGGCGGGAAGACUCAGCAGAAGACAAAUACAGUAUGCGUCGGAGGGGGGAUUUAAAAGUGUCGUUUCUCUGUUUACGUAUAAAGACAAGAAAAAUUGUUGUUUGGGGGUGGAUUAUCUACCUUCAACAACCGAGAUGGACUCCUACGCAAAGGAAGCUGGGCUUCAUUUCCGAACAGUUUUAUACUCUUCAAAAGUUUCUUCAGCUGUUCAGUCUGUAUCAGAUCUAGAGGAGUCUUUGAAGAACCUCCCGAAACCUGCUCUUCUCUUCUCGGAUCGAGGGUAUAGUAUGACUUUCACAUUGUUGAUGUAUUUACUGAAGUCGCAAAUAAACACGGACUUCACUGUAGAAAACGCUGUUGCGGUGAGUGAACUACUAGGUAUGGAUUUCAGUUUAAAAUGUACCAAUAGAGUACUCUGUAAUGUUACAGGGGAAAACAUUGACUUUCCUAAAUUAGACAGUUUACCUAAACAGUGGCUAAGCUAUUGGCUAGCUACUCCCGUUUACAAAAACUGGUUCAUAGCAGGACAAAUCUUAGACUCUCACAUCCCUCUAAUAAAACAGGCAGGAUUUAAAUCAGUAGUGAAUUUACGUGCCGGAACAACUCACAAGGGGAAGCCAUCACAGGAAACUGUCACUCUGCUAAACAUCAAGGACGGUUCCAGGACAUACGGAGACGAUACUCUGGGCCCGAGACAAAGUCUGGAAACAUUGAGGCAGCAGAUUAUAGACCCUAGCAAAGAUAAUUCUUAUGUGUCUCCCAAUUCUUCUCAAAAUUUCGCCACAACAAACCGAGCAGAAUUUGGGGACCUCAUUGGCUAUAACGAAGAAAUCGAGAAACUGUCCUUUCGCAAAGCAGGAUUUCCGUAUUACCAUGUACCAGUAGUGAACAGCGAGCCCUUUUCUGCAGAAUUAUUUUCCUUGUAUCAACCCGAAUUAAUGGACUCUGUCAACAGAGGACCAGUUCUAAUCCACUGUGCAAGUUCUAAGCGAGCCGGAUAUAUCGCCGUUUUAGCCGCUGCCGUGCAGCAUCAUCACGAUCUGGCUUGGGCAUUGUCCAAAUUGUCACAACUGGGAAUGGCCAUUAGUCCUUCUAAAAAGCCGGAUAUAUAUGAGAUGUAUGUCAAUGUACUGACCAAGAAAGGGAACAAAACACACUGCCAUAGCAAUAAAUCUGGAAAGAUUUGUACAGAAUGUAACUGAUUGGUAUACAAAAUAAAAGUAGGAUUUUAACAAAAAAUCAAGUGGCUCGUAUGUAAUUUCAUUACAUUCAACAUCUGUCUACAGUCACUGAGGAGAAUAUUAUGCUGCACUUUUUUUAUGAUACAGGAUAUGGCAGGAUUUUAUUGUGCAACACAGAGACAAAAAUGUAUUUUGCAUGGUGUUCAUUUUAUCUGAAGCAUGUACAUCAGUUUCUUAUUUUUGAUCUCGGGUGAUACGAAUACUCAACUGAUGUUUUUUGUAUGUUUU